AUGAGUUCAGGUACGGGAAGUGCCGGCGCCGCCAAACCCGGCCCGCCAUCCAAGCAGGGUCAAGGCGCCUUCUCUGGAGUCAGCAACCACGCCAUUCUGCUCGACAAGCUCAACCGUAGAUCGACGCCCGAUUCCGAAGCCCUUGCGAGCUCAGACGACGAGACCGAUUCUCAUCGCCAGGAAGCCCCUCAACAGGCGACCCAGCCUCAGAAGCCGGUAAGACGUGCUUCUUGGCUCAACGACACGACCCAGCCGCUGCCUCGGCCCCGCAAAGGCUCUUUCGCCAGCAGCUCAAUGUCCCCUACAGCCUCCCACCCGAGCACCCCGUCUGCCGAGGGAACCGCCCCUUGGGGUACUCACUCUCAACCAUCCGGCGUCAUGGGCCGUGCUCCCGUUUCGGGAGGCUCUUUCACCUGGGGUACAGGUAUCUGGAACAGCGAGAGAAAGGAUCCUCCCUCGCGCCUGAGUGAAGUUCUUCCUUCGCCCACGUCCACGAUGCCGCCCGGCUCAGCCGGCGGCUCCUUCUUCAAUACCGAUGUCAACUAUGGCCAGACGUCCCCCGCGCCGCGAGACGUUGGUCCCAAUGCCCAAAUCCCCUUUGCCAUCCCUCUCCAUCCCACCCCCAAGACCUACCGCUCUCAGUCGUACUCCGUCGGCCAAUUGGAGCCUGACGCGCCCCCGACUGCGAUGAGCAGCUCUACGAUUCUAGGUCGUGGUCGUGCCCAUGGACACUCAGGCUUGCAGCAUCGGCCCUCCCGUCCCAGUAUGCUGAGCGAGAUGUCGAACGACGGAGGACUGCUCGGAAAAGUCAAGGAGGUUGACGACGACGACGAUGAGAGUGCUACAGAGUCUAUGCAGGGAUCUAUGCAUCAGUCCGCCGAGGCAAAGACGAUUGAGUUGCUUGCUCGCGAAAAUGCCAUGCUUCGUCAGCAGCAGCAACAGCAGCAGCAGCAGCAGCAAUAUCAAAACCGGCUCCGCCCGAGAGCCUCGACUGGUGUGGCUUACGGACUUGGCAACGGGUACUCUCUUCGCGAGUCCGUACCCGAAGAGUCCGACUUUGCCAUUGACGAGCUCGAUGAGGCUAACGAUGGAAACGAGAUGGCUACGAAGAGAGCCCUGGGCCGGAGGAUGAGUGAGUACGGCGCGUCUGGAUUCCGGUCGCCCUACGAGAACCGGAAGCUGGAGAAUGUCAAGAAGGCCUUCUGGCACAGCUCUCUGGGCUUUGGUGGCCCCGAAGGACAGCAGAGUCGAAGACACUCGUUUGCCGACAUCCCGACCCGCCAGGGCUCCAUCAGUUCCAUUAACGAGUCUUUCAGCGCGCUCGACAACCCCGUCACUGAGCAGCAGCACGCCCAGGAUUUCUCCAUGGGCUACUCGGAGAACCAGAACUAUCCUCUCGGCAACACAGCUGCUUACUUUACUCCCGGCGGAGGUCUCGCAGCUCCUCCCCAAAGCAUGCAGUUCAACAAUCCGUUUCCUUCGGCCUACACGAUGCACCCCCCUUAUGGAAACCGUGCGACUUCGCCUCAUCGUAACGUCUAUGCCAUGUCGCAGCCGCGCCACAACCAGCUCCUGCACAUCGUCCUGUUCAAGUGCGCCAGAGCCGAUGUUUUCUACAUCCAGGAGGGCACUGGCCUGACCGUCAAACCGGGCGACUUGGUCAUUGUGGAGGCUGACCGAGGAACCGACCUCGGAACGGUUGCGCGGGACAACGUCGACUGGCAGACCGCAAAGGAGCUCAAGGAGCACUACGCCGAAGAACAAUACAAGUGGUUGAUGAUGUACUCGCAGAAUGCUGCUGCUGCCCAGGACGGCACAGGCGCCGGUCUGAUGGCGGCUGCGAAUGGUCUGCAGGGCAGCGCCGUCGGCGGAAUGGGCCCGCCCAACCAACACCACAUGCAGGAGCCCAAUGCCGGCGAGCUCAAGCCGAAGUUGAUCAAGCGCCUGGCCCAGAGCCACGAGAUCCACGCCUUGCGGGACAAGGAGGGCAAUGAGGCCAAGGCCAAGCGUGUUUGUAUGCAGAAGGUCAAGGAGCACGGGCUGAACAUGGAGAUCCUCGAUGCCGAGUUUCAGAUGGACUGGAAGAAGUUGACCUUCUACUACUUUGCGGACUCGUACAUCAACUUCAAUUCUCUCGUCACGGAUCUGUUCAAGAUUUACAAGACCAGAAUCUGGAUGUCGGCCAUCAACCCCGCUUCGUUUGCUAGUCCGACCCUCGGCAUCCAAGCCCCCAGCGGUGUUGGACCUGGAGCGGUCGGUGUUGGCCGUGGCUCAAACAACUCCGAGCGGCGAUCUGCGCAGCAACAGCAACAACAACAACAGCAGCAGCAGCAGCAGCAGCAGCAACAGGAUCAGCAGCCUGGAGGAUUCGGUGGCCCUGGCCAGGCUGGUCGCGGAUUCCAAAACUCCUUCACUCCGCCGUUUGGUGGAGAGAGACCUGGAGGGCCUGCCGGUGGCUACGGUCAACCGAACUAUCCCUACUCGCAUAUGGGCGGCAUGGGCAGCGCGCCUAGGCCUGGAAACGUUCCUUAUGUUCCGGGAGUCGUCCAGUCGCUCGACGGCUACAGUUUCCCAGGAGCGACCGACUACCAGAUGCGGUCGCGUUUUCCGCCAGGAACCGAAACCGGCCCACACGAACCGGGCGGAGGCCCCAUGAACCCUCAGAGCGACUGGGCCGCCGCGUUCCAAGGUCUCUCCUUGAAUAGUCGUUAA